AUGUCGUUGGCAAGGGAAAGGUAUUUGAAAAGAAAAAGAGAACUACUUGGAAACAUAAAUAUAAAUGACAGCAAUUUGGCGGAAAAAAAGGAACAAAAUUUUGGAGAACGAAAAAGGGAAGCAGAAAAUGAAGAAAACAGUUAUAAACGCAAAAGCGAUAAGGAGAAUAAAUUUUUCUUGCACAAAAACGAGUAUGGAUUUAGAAGGGAUGAAAAUCACCAUGAAGAUGAAGAACGGAAUAAACAGGCAAAGAGAGGAGGUCCCCGUGAUAAUAGUAGCAUAAGUAACUAUAAUAAGUUAAAUUAUAAGAAGAACGAUCGAUGGCACCGAGAAAAUUACACAAAAUGUGAUGAGCACAGUGAACAUGUAAAAAAGGAAAUGAAAGAACCAUUAUAUGAUACACACGAAAGUAAAAAAUAUCGCAUGAGGAAUAAAAAUGACCAUGCAUUCAAUGAAAGGAAUAACCAAGAUGACUUACAACGGAUGAACACCCUGAAGGAAAACUCCAGAAGAGACUUCUCCAAUACAAGUAAAAUUUCACAAAGUUUCCAUUCAUCGAAUGAACAUAUGUAUAAAGAAGAUGUAGAUUAUAACAUGAAAAGAGAAAAAAAUGUAAACGCGGUUAUGAGUAAUAUUUCGUACGAAUUAUUAACUGAUCUAAAUAACAUAGAAAUAAACGAUAGUUCAGUUUUGUUAAUAUAUAUAUGUAAGUUGUUAUUACAUAUAUGUGGGAAAGCAAAUGAAAAUCAAUUCAUGAUGAAUACGUCCAUAACGUCUGUUGAAAUUCUUCGAGAAAUAAAAAACAGAAAUCGAAAAAGCAUAAAAUUGUUGAAAAUAAAUACUCUAAAUAAUGUACUUACAUAUAUGUCAAAUAAUUGCAGAGGGGGAAAUCAAGAUGACAUAAAUCAUAAUGAAUUAACGCAGGAAAAAUUAGACAAAUCAUUAGAGAAACAUAAAGAAAUAAAAUUAGAGGAUAGUUGUAUAGAUAUAGAAAUUGUGGGAAUAAGUAUUAUAAUAAAAGUUAUUUAUAUAAGAAACAUAAAGAAUUUACUGACGAAAUAUUUAUAUCAACAGGGUAAUAAUAGCAGACAUGUGGCUGAUGGGAUGAAAACAAGUAACGAUGCAAAACUGAAUUAUAUGGGGAGGGACGAGCAUAAAAAGAGCACGAGUAUGCACAUAACAAGUCAAAAAAUUGUAGAUUCACAAAUGAUAGGUAAACAAAUUCCUUAUGAACACAGGAGUGUGGAAACGGCAGAUGGAGUGAGCAGGAACAUGUACAGCUCAUUGAUACAAGAAAAUGAUAAGAAGAAAAAAAAAGAAUUACAUAAUCAAAAUUAUACAAUGGAACAUGAAUCCAAAUAUGGAGAAUGUAAUCCAAGUGGAGACAAAAGCGGUAACAAUGACCAUAUUAAUAACAACAACAAUAAUAAUGGUCGUAAGAAAAUAAACUAUUUAGAAAAUUUACUGAACGAACCAACAGCAAAGGAAAAAAAAAUAAAACAGGAAAAGACAAAUAUCCUUUCCAUUAUCGAAGCACCAACUGUGAUAGAAGAAAUGCGAAUAAAAAAAUUUCAAAAAAAAAAUGAUUCGGUAAAAAUUAUAUGUCCGUAUUUGACAAAAAAAGUUUGUCAGAAACAUAAUAAAGAAUGUAAUAAAGUGCACUUUAAGAAAAUUAUAUCUGAACACACAGAUGUGUCACUGGGAGAUUGUUCCUAUUUAGAUACAUGCAGACAUAUAGAAACCUGUAAAUUUGUUCAUUAUGCGGUUGAUAAAGAUGAUAAAAUAGUUAGUAAUCAAGAAAAUGUAACCGAAAAUAAUGUUAGCAUUUUUAGUAUAAAGGAUAAUACAUACGGGCCUCAAUGGAUACGAUGUGAUUUACGAAAUUUUGAUCUGAGCAUAUUUAAUCAAUACGUUAGUGUAGUAAUGGCAGAUCCUCCAUGGGAUAUUCAUAUGGAUUUGCCAUAUGGCACAAUGACAGAUAAUGAAAUGAAACUGUUACCUGUACAGUUAAUACAAGAUGAAGGUAUGAUAUUUCUAUGGGUCACAGGAAGAGCUAUGGAAUUGGCAAGAGAAUGUUUACAAAUAUGGGGCUAUAAAAGGGUAGAAGAAAUAUUGUGGGUUAAAACAAAUCAUUUACAGAGAAUUAUAAGAACAGGUAGAACUGGUCAUUGGUUGAAUCAUUCUAAGGAACAUUGUUUAGUUGGCGUUAAAGGAAAUCCAAUAGUCAACAGAAAUAUCGAUUGUAAUGUUAUCGUGUCUGAGGUUAGAGAAACUUCGAGAAAGCCAGAUGAAAUAUACACCUUAAUAGAGAGAUUAUGUCCGCAAAAUUUAAAAAUAGAACUUUUUGGACGACCCCAUAAUAUUAGAAGCAACUGGAUAACCCUAGGGAAUCAGCUGAAUGGUGUAGUUUUGCAUCACCCUCAAAUAAAAGAAAGGUAUAACAAAAUUGCUCCGCAGUUUAAUAUGCCUUUGUGCGAUGGGUAA